CCUGGAAGCCCUUCUGUGGAAGACACCCCCAGAGACUCCAGGAAGAGAGCAUAAAACAGGUGCAGGAGGACCCCCUCAUGGAGUCCCAAGGCCAGCAGCCCCUGCAAGAGCUCCCCGUGGAGGAGCCCCAGCCUGCACACUCAGGCCUGGAGCAGGUUCCUAGCACGCAUGUUUACGUGGGCCACCUGAACCCCCAGUUCUCAGUGCCGGUGCUCGCCUGUCUGCUCCGAGACACCCUGGAGCGGCUGGGGGUGCCGGUGGCGCGGGAGCACAUCGAGGUGGUGAGGCGGCCACGGAAGGCCCACGCCCUGGUGCGAGUGGCCACCCACGCAGAUUCCCUGGCCUCCCUCCCCUGGCGCCUUCAAAGAGCCUUGGAGGAGCACCAGAUCAUCAAGGAGCUGGUGGCCCGCGGGAAGGAGCUGGUGUUGGGAGUGGGCCCCCGGCCCACAGACCACAGAGAGGAGGAAGACAGUGGCCAGAGCCCUGGCCCCAGCCCCGGCCUGAGUCGGAGCCCGGGCUCCGGCCUCCCACAGGCUGGGAGCACCAAUGCCCCGCCUGCCCAGGUCCCAGGGAGGCCUAGCUCCCAGUACCGACCCAGGGGCACGCGCUCGGACAGUGCCAUCAUGCAUCAGGAGAUCCAGGGACAGGAGCGGCUUUUCCAGGGCGCCUUCCUGGGCAGCGAGACCCGCAACGUGGAGUUCAAGAGGGGCGGCGGCGAGUACCUGAGCCUGACCUUCAAGCACCACCUGCGGCGCUAUGUGUGUGCCUUCCUCAACGGUGAGGGCGGCAGUCUGCUGGUGGGCGUCGAUGACAGCGGGCUGGUGCAGGGUGUCCACUGCAGCCACCGCGAAGAGGACCGCGUGCGCCUGCUGGUGGACUCCAUCCUGCAGGGCUUCAAGCCCCAGGUCUUCCCCGACGCCUACACGCUCACCUUCAUCCCCGUGGUCAGCGCCAACGCCAGCAGCACGCCCCUCAAGGUGAUCCGCCUGAGCGUGCACGCCCCCAGGGCCCAGGCAGAGCCGCAGCUCUAUGAGACAGACCAGGGAGAGGUGUUCCUGCGGCGGGACGGCAGCGUCCAGGGCCCGCUGACCGUCCACGACAUCCAGGAGUGGUGCAGACAGAAGUGGGCAGCGGAGCAGAGCAAGCUGGAGCAGAGGGUGAAGGCGUUGACGGUGGAGAAGGAGCAGCUCCAGCGGCAGCUGCAGCAGCGCAGCCCCUCCUCCUGCACCUGCUGCCUCCUCUGAGGCCCCACGGGCCAGGGAGGGCAGGGGUGAAGCUGCCGCUCUCCCUGGGAGAUGCUGCGAUUUCCACUUGGAGCCAAAGUCCUCCAAUAAGCCCACUUGGCUGCUCAGAGCACCAGGCACCCUCACUCCUUCAGGAGCACUGCACACACACAGGCUGGUCCCCACGUGGCUUCAAUCCUGAGCAGACCCCGGGCUGGGUAGCUAAGAAAUUGCUUCUAGCGUGAUCUCCAAGGAAUCUUACCUUCAGAAAGAACCUGUAAAAACCUGGCCAGAGCUGUACUAGGGCUGAGCUAGAAGGGACCGUCCCUGUCCCUACUAUGCUCAUCUUGCCAGGCCAGGGUCUAUUGACUCCAGUUGGUUAGAUGAGGCCAGAAAGGAAUCUGUGGUCUUGGGAAAUCCCCCUGCAGACAGCAAGGCACAUCGCUAACGGUAGUUACAGGGCAAACAGGCUACCUUGCAGCCCCCACCCGUGGCAUGCUGGAAAUUGUGAUUCUUGUAGCUUUUCAAUAAACUACAGGAACCUGGGGCAGGAAUGAUUAUUUCUAGGACACCUGGCCAGCCAGCUGGAUGCAGCUGGGCUAUGAGUCCCGUACCCAGUUCUGUCCAGGAGAUCAAGCGAGCCCUGGGUUCUUACCACCCAGAGAUGAGGGGGAAGGAGCCCAGAUGGGCAGGUUCCAGCCCAGCUCCGCCGUAAUGACUGGGUACCUUGGGGUAGAGUGCUACCUCUUUGCAGCUACAGUGCACUUGGUCACCAUCAGGCUUGUGUCGUGUCUCUCCAGCACAUAACAGCUCCUGCCCAAAAAGGGCCUGACUUCCAUUCCAAGUACCCUCUGGCCACUGGAGCAGUCCCGCUCAGCCAUUUCCCUGCCACCAUCUCCACCAACAGAGCCAGAGACACUAGAAAGGCAGCAUCUCAAUCAGGACAGGCCUGGGCUCCCCACUACAUUGAGAGCAAAAGCCCACACCAUG